CGGCCCCGCAGGCGACCCCGACCCCACGGCCCCGCGAACCCGCGCGCUGCCCUAGGGCCCGGCCGGCCCGCGGCCCGGUUGGUCAGCACGUUGACACAAGUUGCCUUUUGACGUAGCUGCCGCCAUGGCCAGCUGGUAGGACUAGCAUCCCAUGCACAGAAGCCAGUUCAGAAUGACUGAAGAAGCAUGCCGAACACGGAGUCAGAAACGAGCCCUUGAACGGGACCCAGCGGAGGAUGAUGUGGAGAGCAAGAAAAUAAAAAUGGAGAGAGGAUUGUUGUCUUCAGAUUUAAACACUGACGGAGACAUGAGAGUGACGCCUGAGCCAGGAGCAGGCCCAGCCCAAGGGUUGCUGAGGGGGGCAGAGGUGCCAACCGUGGGCAGAUGUGAAGGGCAGGCGGGUGACGGGCCCGUGGACAUGCGUACCUCAUACAGUGACAUGAAGUCUGAGAGGAGAGCCCCCUCUCCUGAUGUGAUUGUGCUCUCUGACAAUGAGCAGCCCGCAAGCCCAAGGGUGAAUGGGCUGACAAAGGAGGCCUUGAAGGAGACCAGCACCGAGGCCCUCAUGAAAAGCAGUCCUGAAGAACGAGAAAGAAUGAUUAAGCAACUGAAAGAAGAGUUAAGAUUAGAAGAAGCAAAACUCGUUUUAUUAAAAAAGUUGCGGCAGAGUCAAAUACAAAAGGAAACUACCACCCAGAAGCCCACAGGCUCUGCUGGGAGUGCCGUGACCACCCCUCCCCCGCUUGUUCGGGGCACCCAGAACAUUCCUUCUGGCAAGCCAUCCCUUCAGACCUCUUCAACAAGAAUGCCUGGCAGUGUCAUCCCACCACCCCUGGUCCGCGGUGGGCAGCAGGUGUCCUCGAAGCUGGGGCCACAGGCGAGCUCACAGGUCGUCAUGCCCCCACUUGUCAGGGGGGCUCAGCAAAUCCACAACAUCAGACAACAUUCCAGCACGGGGCCGCCACCGCUCCUCUUGGCCCCCCGGGCAUCUGUGCCCAGUGUGCAAAUUCAGGGACAGAGGAUCAUCCAGCAGGGCCUCAUCCGUGUCGCCAAUGUCCCCAAUACCAGUCUGCUUGUCAACAUCCCACAGCCUUCCCCAGCGUCGCUGAAAGGGACGACAGCCACCUCUGCUCAGGCCAACUCCACCCCCACCAGCGUGGCCUCUGUGGUCACCUCUGCUGAUUCUCCAGCCAGUCGUCAGGCAGCUGCCAAGCUUGCGCUGCGCAAACAGCUGGAGAAGACGCUGCUAGAAAUCCCCCCUCCCAAGCCCCCUGCCCCAGAGAUGAACUUCCUGCCCAGCGCUGCCAACAACGAAUUCAUCUACCUGGUCGGCCUGGAGGAAGUGGUGCAGAACCUUCUAGAGACCCAAGCGGGCAGGAUGUCAGCUGCUGCUGUUCUGUCCCGGGAGCCCUACAUGUGUGCGCAGUGCAAGACGGACUUCACAUGCCGUUGGCGGGAGGAGAAGGGUGGCGCCAUCAUGUGUGAGAACUGCAUGGCAUCCAACCAGAAGAAGGCACUCAAGGUAGAGCACACGAGCCGGCUGAAGGCUGCUUUUGUGAAGGCUCUGCAGCAGGAGCAGGAGAUCGAGCAGCGCCUCCUGCAACAGGGUGCCGCCCCCACACAGGCCAAGGCUGAGCCUGCCGCCGCCCCACACCCCGCACUAAAGCAGGUCAUAAAACCCCGGCGUAAGUUGGCGUUCCGCUCAGGAGAGGCCCGCGACUGGAGUAACGGGGCUGUGCUACAGGCCUCCAGCCAGCUGUCCCGGGGCUCAGCCACAGUGCCCCGUGGUGUCCUGCACACGUUCAGCCAGUCACCCAAACUGCAGAACGCAGCCUCAGCCACAGCCCUUGUCAGCAGGACCGGCAGACAUUCCGAGAGAGCUGUAAGCACUGGCAAGGGCAAUGCCACCACCAACUGGAAGAAGGCACCCCUAAGUACAGGCGGGGCCCUUGCGUUUGUCAGCCCGAGCUUGGCAGUGCACAAGACCUCCUCAGCGGUGGACCGCCAGCGGGAGUACCUCCUGGACAUGAUCCCGCCACGCUCCAUCCCCCAGUCAGCCACAUGGAAAUAGUGCGAGCCGGGCCCAGUGGAGAACAGGCUCCCUCCUCCCUCCCACCUGGCCCUGCCACCCUCCACUCGGGAAGACCUCAUACUCCCUGAGGAAACGAGUGAGCGAGCGCCGGCCGCGCUGCAGAAGCAAGGGCCCCGUUCUUGGCUGCUGAGUCUCGUCGCAGCUGAGGGGCUGCUUCACAGGUGGACGAGGAAUAUCACUGAGGGACCUUUCCCUUGGGCUUUUUUCCUUUCUUUGCCUUUAGUUUGCCCAACACCAGCAGAAAAGUGGACCUUGGGGGCUGGUUCUGCUUCCGGCCCUUUCUUUCAGCGCCCCCAACCCCUCCCCCCCGGCAGGGUGCACGGACGGCUCACCCUGGACACUGUGACACGCUCGGCGAGACCGGCGCCCGGGGCUUCUGAAGUCAAGCGGAGCGUUCUGUUUUGUUUUUGCUUUUCCCCAUCUUAGCCUCCCAGUCUUUGGCUGCCUUCCUUCAUGGCAAUCUUUAGGUUGACAGAUUUUUUUUAAUCACCUCAUGAUGAUGGAGUUUAAAGUAAACCGUGCAGACCUAGGGGUCCCUGCCGAGCACGGCCCCCACACCCCAGAGGGUGGGCCACUGACUGCCUAGCCCUCACUCUAGCGGAAGGCCUCUGCUGCUGCUCAACCCGGAGACCCUGGACCUCCCACAUUUAGCAGAAGAACAAACUGCAACCCAGACCCCAGCCAGAGGGCCUGGGAUCCCAGAAGCCGCACGCCGCCAGUAGAGGAGGGAGAGAGAAUUGGCAGCAACACCCAGAGCCUGAGUGGGAAGUUGAAGGGGCGGGCUAUUGUGUUUUUUUGUUGUUGUGGUUUUAUUUUAUUAAAUUCUUCCUUUACUUACUUAUUUUGAUGGACACCAUCUUAAGCUGCCCUGGCCUAUGCUCCUGUCAGGUGUGUCUGGUGGGGAGGUACCCCUGCCCUUCCAAGACUUCAGGGUUUUCAUUUGGGUCUAGUUUAGAACCUUCCCUUAAAACAGGGCCAUGCUGCCAGGGUUCGCCUUCAGACUGUUUUGGUUUUGGUUUUGGUUUUUUUGUUUUGUUUUUUUUGUUUUGUUUGUUUGUUUUUUGUUUUUUUUUUUUUUAACUCUCUUUCGAGUCUACAGAAAUGUCUUAUGCAAAGGAUCAGGUCUGCUCUUAGUUGUGUUUCAUUUUGGUUUCUCCCACUUCCUAAAAAUCGGUUCCAUGAGGAUAGGCAGAAGCUGUCGUGAGUGUGCUGUGCACAGGGCUGUCUCCGUGCAGGUGCGUGGGUGUCCUAUGUGCACGCACACAUGUUUGUCGACGUGGAGAUGGGGUACUCUUGCUCCCCACUUCAGCCCCAGCCCUAGUUUUCUAUCCAUGCAGUUAGGGACUUAAUUUAAAAUCCUUAUUUUGUAGGGCCUCCUUCUUCAAAACACACUGCUACAACAUUCUAAUAAAGGCUCAUUUAACCCCCUCUCUCAUGUGUGAAUAUCCAUGUUUAGCAACAUUUUGACCCGCGGUAGAAGACCUAGUUUUGCAACAUUCUAAUUUUUUGUUGUGUAAAACCCUAUGUUUUAAAUUGAUUUUUGUUUUGAGUGCAUAACUUAGAGGGCUGAAGGAGGGGAGGGCAAGGAAGGGUGGCUUUCAUUCCAAGAUCCAGGGAUUUGGGGGAAAGGAGGGAAAUUGACAUGGGGGGGGUGUUUUUACACCAAAAAAUCAAGAGUAUGCAAGCAUUUCUAUUUCUCACAUUUUUCUGUGUGCCUGGCAAAUAAAUACUUGUCUUAUACUAUCCUGAGCUGUUAGCCCUCUCUGUUCAAUGACAUGGGCCAGAUUUUCCAAAUCCUUCAAGAAGGAGCACCUAGGCUGGCCACUUAUAUGGGCAAACAGACGUCAGUUCUAUGCAGUAACUUGGGAUCAGGUGUCCAGGCAAGAGUCACCUCUGCACUGGAGGGGUGUGCCAGGAUUGUCACGCCCCAGCUGGGGUUGAAUGGGUCUAUGACUCAUGGGCCCAAGCUGAACUGUGCUGCACAGGUUGGUCCUCAACCUCAGCCCAUUAGAACCUCGCUCAUCACUGUGCUCAGGAACCCACCUCUACUCACCUUUCAUGGCUGGACUUCUACCGGCCCCUGAGCUGUUAAGUGGGCCUCAUGAAUUCAGACAAACCCGACCAUCACAGGUGGAGGAUGGGGCUACCGGCCCUGGCUCUGCCUCCUCCAGCCCAGCGUCCCUGGGAAUAAUCCCAUCAGGGGCCACUUACUGUGACAUGUAACUUUUUUUUAAAGGAGAGAAGAACGUGAGAUGCCUUAAUCUUUUGUUCAUUUCUACUGUAUCAAAACUCUUAACCCCUCCCUUUUUUUCUUUUGUUUCCCCCUUUGCAGUAUAACUUCUCUGAUAAGCCCCAAAUGAGUAGUUCUUUGAUGAGGUUUAUGAUGUUGCAGGAAAGGCAUAUUAAAUACCUCUCUGCAUGUGGGGUUUAGACAUUAGGAAGCAGAUAGUAACGUUAAGAGUGUUCUCCCAGCAGCAAAGCCUGUCAAAAUUGGUCACAGUGCUGGGGUCCUGGUCUCCCCCACCCCCACCCCAGGAGCCUCAGGACUGAAAGGACUUGGUUCCUACGAGCAGUGACAAUGUGGGAGGAUGAUGAUGGUCCCAAGUUACCUGUGACAUGAACUCUGAAUGGCAACUGGAAACUGUUCAAGAUGAUAGUCACUCAAGGGUGAAGGGCUGCAUGUUUGAAGUGGCUGUCAUACAUGUAAACAUGAGUGUUCAUGUAGAUACAUGUGUGUCCACUUGGAGCCUCCCAUUGCUCUAGCCAUCCUACCCAUGUCACUGGGUCCCCAGUGUCCCAACUGUGAUGUUGGGACCCUCACCUUUGAGAAGGCCAACAGUUGCCCUCCCAGGGGUAGCCUCUGCUCCUGUUCAUAUCCUAAGACCUUUAUGAAGCAAACUUGGCGCCAGUGCAGAGGGAAUGAAAGCCAACUGAGUACAGCUGCGCUGGGUGUUGUGGUUCCUGUGUCCCACACGUCAUUUUCCUAUGGACAAAGACAUGGGGAGGAGUUUUCUAUAUAAAUACUCUUAUCACAGGGGUGUAAAUCAUGGAAAAGACAGUUGUUGCUGCUGCACCAUUGGGUUUUUAUUUGAUGCCGAGUUAUGCUGCACAUGAUGGUUGCCUAAAGAACUUGGACUGAGCAUUUUUUUUUUAAAGGACAGCUAAAGUUUUAUAAUCCUUAAUGAAAGUGUAAUAGAAAGUUACACUAGUGCAGGGUAUUUGGAAGGUGGGGGUUUGCGGGAUGGGUGGGUGGGGAGGUUGUCACUUGUAUUUAUUGUGACUCUAAAUCUUUGAUAAUAAAUGUAAAAGGUUGACCACCAAACCAGAAUAGAAGUUCCAAUAAACAGAGGCUGGAAUCAAUGGCUAUACUUGUGUCAUGAGGAAGUUUUAGAAUCUGACGGAAAAUAAAGAAAUGGACAACA